GAAUUUUUUAGCUCGUCAUGUGAUUCUGUCGUAAACAGGAAGCAGCUGAUCUUGACUUCACUGCCUGCUUCUACCAAGUAAUGCAUACAACUUUGUUCUUCAAAAAUAGAAACCAUUGUCUGAAGCUGCUUGAAUUUAAGAAAUCUUUCUACUCUCCCGGGAAGGAGAGGAACAGGAGAGCUGCUGCGGACACUCACUGAAGUCAUCUGACCUGCAGCUCAGAGAAAUACUCCAUAUCGUGUCUGUAAAGGGGGAUGUCAAGCACAGCAAUGAAGAAAAAGGUGUUACUGAUGGGAAAAAGUGGGUCUGGAAAGACCAGUAUGAGAUCAAUCAUCUUUGCCAACUACAUAGCUCGAGACACACGCCGCCUUGGAGCUACAAUUGAUGUGGAGCACUCCCAUGUUCGAUUUCUUGGCAAUCUGGUCCUAAACCUGUGGGACUGUGGAGGUCAGGAUACGUUCAUGGAGAACUACUUCACCAGUCAGAGAGACAACAUUUUCAGAAACGUAGAAGUGCUUAUUUAUGUUUUUGAUGUCGAGAGCCGUGAGCUGGAGAAGGACAUGCACUACUACCAGUCAUGCCUGGAGGCCAUCCUGCAGAACUCCCCUGAUGCCAAAGUGUUCUGCCUCGUUCACAAAAUGGACCUGGUGCAGGAAGACCAGAGAGAUCUGAUCUUUAAAGAACGUGAAGAAGAUCUGAAGAGACUGUCCAGACCUCUGGCCUGCACAUGUUUCAGGACAUCAAUCUGGGAUGAAACCCUCUAUAAGGCCUGGUCAAGCAUAGUGUACCAGCUCAUCCCCAAUGUCCAGCAGCUGGAGACCAACCUGAGAAAUUUUGCACAGAUCAUAGAGGCAGAUGAAGUUCUUCUGUUUGAGAGAGCCACCUUCCUGGUGAUCUCCCACUAUCAGUGCAAAGAGCAGCGUGAUGCUCAUCGCUUUGAGAAGAUCAGUAACAUUAUCAAACAGUUCAAACUCAGCUGUAGUAAACUUGCGGCCUCUUUCCAAAGCAUGGAAGUGAGGAACUCUAACUUUGCCGCCUUCAUUGACGUCUUCACUUCCAACACAUAUGUCAUGGUCAUCAUGUCAGACCCCUCCAUUCCAUCUGCAGCCACUCUCAUCAACAUCCGUAAUGCUAGGAAACACUUUGAGAAGUUGGAGCGGGUGGAUGGACCCAAGCACAGCCUGCACAUGCGAAUGCGCUAGUUGGUGCAUUCAUCCCAGUGGAAAACUCUCAGCCAAUCAGACUGCAGACGACAUGUUGCGGUCUUUCAGCUCUGAUGCAUAUAAGCAGUCCUGCACUGUUUUCUCUAUAUCUUCACAUUCAAUCACAGUCAUUUCUGGGCAGGAAUCAUUUUUUCAUUUGUCUUUUCUUGUCAAAUUUCUACAGUGAUUACUAGCAUCUUGAGAAACAACGCAUUCAGUUGAGAUAUUUGCCCCCAGCCUGAUGCAUUGGAUUAUAAAUGUUAAGUUGUGUUCACUCUGAAGGGGGGCUACCUUUGCUGUCACCUGUAUGAUCUUGUACAGUAAGUUCAUUUGCUCUAUGCAGUGAAUCCCAGUGAUUGGGGGAUGUUCAUCACCAAAUGAUGAGCAGCAGAUACUGUUUGAUUUUCAAAUGCCGUUUGUAAGUUGUUGAACGGAUGAAAAUUAUAGUUAUAUUCAGAAAAAAAUGAUUGUGCUG